AUAGAAAGCCAACAAGAAGAAAAUGAGGUCAAGAUAGUACAGGGUAGAAGCAGACUCCUGCAUAUCAUAAGAAGUGUUUCUGAAAAAUCAGGGGUGCCAUGCUUUUACAUCGUGGAAAGGACAUUGUUUUCUCAGGAUAAAGUUAUCAUUCACCAGAAAACAACCAAAGAAACAAUACAAAUGUUGAUUAAAAUGGGAGAAUAUGCUUUCGAAAGAGGCGAUUAUAAAUCUGAAGAAAACGAAAUUAAAUAUUUCCAAUGCAUGAUAGAAGCUGCUUCUGGUCACGUGGUACUUCCUGUUGCCUUAUCCCUGGAUAAUGGCGGAUUUCAAAAACAGAUUGUUGAUAAUGCUGUUGACAUGAAAUUUCCUAUUAUAUCGUCCAAGAAAUCUACCAAAGAUGCAACUGUGACCUUAAUCAAUCCUUAUGGAGACCAUCAUAAUAAAGAGGAAUAUAGCAGUGUUCUAUUAGCAACGAAAUAUUUAUUUAAUAUUGAUAAACCCUGGAAAGUAGAAAUGGAAUACGACGCUCAAGUGUGUCGCAAUGAUUUGACUACACUAAAAGACGCAAAUGAAGCAUCAUUUACUGAUGAAAUGCCACAUGAACUUUACCAUUUGGAUACAAUAAUAUGUUGUACAGUUAUUGCCGUGUGCAUGACAGAAGGAGCUCAUAGUGAUUUCAAGGAAAAAUAUGCCAAUCCUCUGUGUAUGUAUCUUUUAAAAACUGGGAAAUGGAAAAUUCCGAAAGACUGCAUCAAAAACUUUUUUAGUCAUCGUUCCAUUGAAUAUAUUUUUGAAAAGAACAUGACACAGGAGUUCCAAAAUGGUCUUUGGAUGGAUAUAAAAGAACUGACUAACAAUGUAUACCAGCCUCCUGUUUGGGAUGUUCGAGACAAAGAGCUUAAAACUUCAAUUUCUGGGCUGUUUGGACUCAUCUUUUUAGCCUUGUUAAAAAGAAAAUUCUACGCCGGCGCAAAGCAAUUUAUUGAAACAGGAUGCGUGCGUAUUCAUUUUAUUCUUGUUGGAUGUGUCAUUCUACAAGAGGCCGUGGAUGACUGGAGAACAAGUGAAGAGGAUAAAGAAAGAUUCGAGCUGAUGAUAAAAAAAUUUACACAUCAAGCUCUACGAAUCCUCAGUUGUGUACAUGAAGCAGACAAACAAAAGAAUGCAAAAACACAAGCACAGGAAAAUAAAACGGAAUCAUUCACUGGAGAGGAAGAAAUAUUAUUAGGAACAAAUAUUCAGCAUUCUGGCAGACUUCUCCUUAACCAUGGUUAUCUUACUGGUGGCAUUCAAACAGAGAACAAAAUUUUUCUUGACAAUGAAGUUGUUAAAAACAUUCUUAACCAGAUGUGGUACGGUAGUGAAAAGGAUACCAAAUGCAAAGUACUGGGCUUUGUGCUAUUGGUAAUUCUUCAUGUCAUUCUACUACCGUUUCUGAUGAUAACACUGGAAAACAAACGUCUAAAAUGGUUGUACAGGCAAUAUAAAGUUCCAGUUAUGAAGGUUUUCUUGAACGUGCUGAGUCUUCUUGCUCUCCUGACAGGAUAUGCUUAUAUGCUUCUGUUUGACUUUGACAAAGGGAUAUCUAACACAGAUAUUUUUGUUAUUUCCUGGAUGAUCAGCUUUUUCUUUGAAGAAGCAAAACAGGUGUUCAUAGCGGUUAUAAGGCAAAGAAAGAAGCAGUAUAUAACAAACCCAUGGAAUAUUCUUGAUUGGUUGUCUUUGACAACGUACACAUGUGGCAUGCUUAUGAAAACUGAAGACACGAAUGACUUCUUUACUGCAUCUAAAGUACUGCUUGUUGCAGCUUUCAUCAUGCUCAGUAUACGAAUCCUUCAUAUGCUUUCAGUGUCCGAGUUGUUGGGUCCAAAGUUAGUUAUCAUCCAGAAAAUGUUUAAGGAUACAUUUGCUUUUAUGGCAAUUAUGUUUGUUAUCACCAUGUGCUACAACAUCUCCUACCACGCCAUACUAUAUUCUGAAAAUUCGGAAUUUACUUUUGAGGAACUGGAGAAAAUAACGAAAAAUGGAUACUGGAUGUUAUUCGGAGAGCUGAAUUUGGAAGUAGAGAGAUUGACGGAACCUGAUUGCACAUUUAACCAAACUGAAUAUAGAGAUGGGUCACAAGAAAGAUGUCCUUCAUCACUAGGGAGGAUUCUGGCCCCCUAUCUUAAAGCCGUUUACGUGCUCACGGCAGUCAUACUGCUUUUAAAUUUGCUUAUUGCCAUUUACAGUAAUACGUUUGCUGAAGUUCAAGAGAAGUCAAAGUUCUACUGGUCUCAGCUCCAAACUGAUUUUUUGGAAGAGUUCAGUCUGAAAAGCAUUUUUCCUAUACACAUGCAAUUAUUAGCGAUUCCCUUCUUUGUCAUCCACGCUGUUGUUUGGAUUGUGACUUCCAGACCUAAGUGCUGUAAUUCGUCAGCUAGAGAUGAUAAAUCAACUAAUGACCAUGCACCAUAUACGCAUGGAGAUGAUAUAAAAGAAAUGGAAAGAACCCCCAUGUUUGUAAAAGCAUUUAUAUAUGAUAGCAACUAUGAUUUAAGACUAAAGAAAACAAGGGAAGUUGAAGGUCAUGCCACCUUAAUCACUAAGGGCGAAAUGGAUAUCAAUGAAGAAAAUAAGCUCAAGGAAAUGAAUAGAAACAUGAUGAGGCACCGCAGAAAAAUAGAAAAGAGCAUGAUAGAAAACUUACAUAAGAUGGAGUUGAACCUUCUGGCAAAGCUGACACCAGAUUCUUCUAAUCCAUCUCUCAUGAAGCAUCAAACGCAAUCUUCCAUCAAAUCUAGACUAUCGUCGCAUGCAUUAGAUUUUGAAAGUGAUUCGGACACGCAGCACAGUUAAGGUUACAAAAAGGAGGCGGAGCCUGAUUUGUACGGGAAAACUUGACUAUGCCAUCAUACACAAUAUACGUCAUACAACAUUUCUUUAAAAUACCACAAAAUGAUUUUAUCUGCUAAUCUGAACAGUAAGAAAUCAUCAAACUAC